UCCUGGCCUUGUGCAGUGUGCACUGUGUAGUGUGUAGUUGCAGUAUGCUGCUAUGCUCAUUGGCGAGUGUGCUCAAUGUUACUUCAUUGUGUAAAGAUUGGAAAUUCAAGUGAAAACUGUAAAUUUUUUUAUCAAGUACGGUAAACACUAAACACACGUUUUUUUUUAAACUGCAUUUUGCAAAAUCAUUUUAUUAUUCAUCCGAAUAUUGCCGUUGCUAAUUGAUCGGCUUGAUAUGUAAAUUGUAAGAGUCCAUCAUCCUGAUCCAUAUAUUGACAUAGGUACCGCCCAAAUUGCGAUGGACGAUGUAGAAGUUCCGUUUAAGGAUCUUCUUGAACAUAAAUAUCCAGAAGUUUAUGAGUAUUUAAAAAAUGCCGUGCGAAUGUUAGAACGGCAACAAAAUUUGCUAGCUACCUUAAAAAACAUAAAGAACAACAGUUCUAUCGACUUAAAGAAAUCAAACAUUAAAACUGAAAGCAUUGACCAAAAUAUCGAAAUAGUUAAAACUACAAAAAAAGAUAAGUUAGAAGUUAAAAAUCAACCUAAUGAAAAUGCUGAUGGUAUUUUAGAUAAUAUUGAAAAGUUAGAAAAUGUUAAAAAAUCUGAAAAUGGAGAAGUUGAUAACCCAGUAAAAACAGAAAGUGAAAAUAAAGAAGAAGGUGAAUGUAGCGAAGAUGAAGAAAAAUCUAAAGAUCCCAAACAAGUCAAUCAGUAUAGUUUGGGAGAAAGCCGUUUUAUACUAGAAGAAACAACUGGAAUGUAUUAUGAUCAAGUGACAGGCUAUUAUUAUAAUUUAAAUAAUGGAUUAUUUUAUGAUGGAAAUCAAGGGUGUUAUUAUUACUUUGAUGUAAUUGCACAGAAAUAUAGAUUAUAUUCCCAAGUUCAUUCAGAUACAGUUCAAUUACCUUCUAAUACGCUCAAUAUACAGAAAAAAAAACAUAGUCAAGAUAUACCUGGAAGUAUUAGUGAGGCCAGUGAUUCAGAGAACUCUGAAGAUAGUAGUAAUUUAGUUAUUAAAGAAGACACCGAAGAAGAUACUGAAGCAAAUGAAAAAGAAAUUAAAGAUACUAUUAUAAAAACUAUUGAAAAGAAACCUAAUGAAUGUCAAGAAGUAAAAGAAGAAUUAAAUAUUGAAAACAAAACUAUUAAAGAUGAAAAAGAAGAAGUUAAACCUGAAGAUUGUCCUUGUCCGCCUUCUACUUGUGAAAUUUUAGACAAGCGUUAUUUGAAUUUAUUGCAAUAUACAAAGUUAUUGCCAGCGCCUAAGAAUAUAGUUCACAAAUUAACACCUGAUGGGAGUAAAGCAAAACAAUAUGCACAAAUAAGAAAUUGGUAUACAAUCAAGCAUCAACUAACUGCAAUUGAAUCAGAAAUUAUUCAGUAUGAUAAUCUAGUUUGGGAUCGAUUAGAACAAUACCUAUGUCAAAAUAAAAGAGAUGAUAAAAAUUCAAAUUGGAAAUCAUACAAAGAAGUUAAAGCUCACCUUUCCGAUACACAAACUAAAUUGAUUAAAUCAAAAGUUGUUGGAUGGCCUCCAUGUAUACGUAUCAUAAUAACAGAAUCCAAAGCAUGUAAUUCAUUGGUUGGUAAGCUAUUUUUAAUUACAUGUCCUGGUGGAACGAUAGGACGUUCGACAAAUAGAGAUGUAAUAAUACCUGAUGAUAAUGUUAGCAAGUUACAUGCUGAAAUAUCAUUUAUUGGUAAUGUUAACAAAGUUGGUAGAGGUCAUUAUAUUGUUAAAGACAAAGGUAGUACAAAUGGCACAUUUUUGGAUGGUAAAAAACUUUCAAAGCAUUCAUCUUCGAGUGAACCUCGUCAUUUAGUUCAUGGCAGUGAACUUACUGUAGGUGACACAAAGUUAUUGUGUCAUAUUCAUGAUGGUAUGGAAACUUGUAAUUUGUGUGAACCUGGUAUACAAGCUCCUCCACUAGAAGAAAGUGUUAAAAAUGUUGUACCUCAAAAACGUAAAUUUGAUGAUGAAUUAAAAAGUUUAAAAGAAAAAUAUGGAUUGCUUGGCUGUGAACCACCAGAUGCUGUGUUGCCUAAGGGAUAUAAAGACAGAGCUGAUAAAAGAAGAAAAACUGUUGGAUCUCAAAAUGCAAAUGAGAAAACUGAAGUUGCUUGUGUUACACAGCCAAUUCCUACAAAAAACAAAGGUUUCAAAUUAUUAGAAAAUAUGGGUUGGACACCUGGAAAGUCUUUGGGAUCUAGUAAUUCUGGAAUUAAAGAACCUAUUUCAAUGGAUGUCAGAGAUGAAAAGAUGGGACUUGGAUUUUCAACUCAAUUUAGUCAACCUGAAGUACCUAAACCAAAUAUUUUGAUCAAACAAUCGAAAAUACGUUUUAAUUUUGGUAAUAAAACUAAUAUGCCAAUAAAAACGAAUCGUAUACAUUUUACUGAAGAUGAAACAUCAGGAGAAGAAAAAUAA